AUGAUUGAACUGAUGAUAAACAUUCAUUUGGAAAAUGGUGUACGAAUCGAGCACCCAAUUCCAGAUAUUGACGAAGUGCUUGAUGCUAUUGGCUCUCCAAAAAUGCUAUUGGCUAUUGGCUCCAACGAUGCUACUGGCUCUCCAAAAAUAUAUUGCAAACUACGGAGAUUUGCUGCUUAUUUUAUGCAGAUUUUUGAGCGAGAGCAGGACCUUCUCGAGCGACUUGCAUUCUGUGGGGAACUCGAAGAAGAAAUAGAGAAUCAGAUGAUAGAGCUGGAUUCUACGGAUGUGGCCGUAAAUCAGGAUGAGGCUGCUCGAGCCCUUCUCCCUGACUACAAUGGUGAAUUGGUGCUCGAGGAAGAGCAUCCUGAAGCCGUUGAAGAGGGAUUUGGGGUUUCAGCUUCCCCGAUGGAAACCAAUGAGGAAGAGAAGCCGGAGAAAGAGAUGCGAGAGAUGGUCCCAAAAAAUAGGACGAUACUGGUCCCUGUCCCUGCUAUCCCAAAAGGCGUUUAUUCAAUGCCGGAGACCUUCCCUGUAAAAACAACAGAAGGUCUUCCCGAUCAGUUCAAGAAUCAAGGGAGCCAUCAAAUAAUGCCUUCGAGCGUUGGAUUUGGAACUCUCGAAGGCUGGCGCAUCCGCGCCACGAGGAUGCACGAGCAGGAUGGUAAGUAUUGA